AUGGGUAUCGACUUAAAAGACGUGAAACCAUCUUCCAGAACUCUCACCGGCUUCAACGGCUCCUCCGAAGUAAUACUGGGAACUAUCCGGCUCUCAGUACAAGCAGAGGGAGUAACUCGGAUGGUCAAAUUCUCGGUGGUCAGUACCAAGGCUCCCUAUCACGUGAUACUAGGUACCCCAUGGCUGUACUCUAUGCGAGCAAUUGCAUCUACAUACCAUCAAUGUAUUAAAUUCCCGGGAGUGGACGGGAUGGUUAAGACACGUUCGCAGUCACUAGUCAACUCGGUUUCCCCUCCAAUAAGUAAGGUCUGCCCACAAAAGGAAGAAGUGCUCGAAGUCCCUGUCGACGAGUCAGACCCAAGCAAAGUACUACGAGUAGGCGCCUACUUAUCAGACGAGAUGCAGCGUACUAUCCUGGAUUUCCUGAAGCAGAACUUAUCUACCUUUGCAUGGUCAAUGUCCGACAUGCAGGGGAUCGUCCCUUCCGUCACGACUCACGAGGUUAACGUGGAUCCAAAUAUCAAGCCCAUCCGACAGAAGAGACGAAAAUUGGGCCCCGAGAGAUCCAAAGCAGUCGUCGAGGAAGUCGAGCGUUUACUCAGCGCGGGCUCGAUAACGGAAGUCCGUUACCUGGAAUGGCUCGCCAACCCAGUGGUCGUCAAGAAGAAAAACGGCAAGUGGCGUAUGUGCGUCGACUUUACCGAUCUCAACAAAGCCUGUCCAAAGGACAGCUAUCCGCUUCCGAAUAUCGACAGACUCGUUGAGUCAACUUAA